UAAUCCUGUGAAGUACCUCAAAAAUAAAACAGUUUGACUGCUUCUUGUCCUUACAGGUGGAGACUGUUACAGGGGUAUACAUAACAAACAGAUCAAUGUAAAUAUGAAAACAUACUCAUCUUCCUGUGGGAAAAGUUAUGUUUCAGUGCUGUGUUUCAAUAGGAAGAAAAUCUUGUUAUGGCACCAUCGGGAAGGAAGCAUUCAGGAAAAGCUGGUAAACCAGCACAGGAGGAUCAAACCAUACCUCCCUAUGACUUUCCAGAGGAAAGAAAAGAGCUGAGUGGAUCAGAGGAAGAUAUUAGAGAAGGCGAAACACCAGUAAUGGAGAAGCAUGGCAAGAAAAGACCUUUGGUGACUACUCAUGCAGUUCCAGAUGAUGUAGGGGGUGAAGUACAGAAUAUGCUGGAAAGAUUUGGAGCUGACAUUAACAAAGCUCUCUUAGCUAAGAGGAAAAGAUUAGAAAUGUAUACGAAAGCUUCACUCCGAACCAGUAACCAGAAGAUUGAACAUGUCUGGAAAACACAGCAGGAGCAAAGGCAGAAGCUCAAUCAUGAUUUCUCCCAGCAGUUCCUGACUUUAUUUCAGCAAUGGGAUGUAGAUGUGCAGAAAGCAGAGGAACAGGAAGAAAAACUUGCGAAUAUGUUUCGUCAGCAACAAAAAGUUUUUCAACAGGCAAGAAUAGUUCAAAGCCAGAGACUGAAAACCAUCAAGCAACUGUAUGAGCAAUUCUUAAAGAGCAUGGAAGAACUAGAGAAAAACAAUGAAAAUCUUCUAGCUGGUGCACAAAAUGAACUUCGCAAAGAAAUGGCUAUGUUGCAGAAGAAGAUUAUGAUGGACACUCAACAGCAGGAGAUGGCAACUGUUCGCAAGUCUCUUCAGUCCAUGUUAUUCUGAUGGCUCAAUGGAGAAACAACUUGUACCUAAGUAACAUGAUACAAGUAUAGGCAUUAGCCAUAGAUAAGUUACCUUAAGAUGAUUUAAAUGUUUUAAAGUUCCUAUUAAAUGCUUUAAUGGAUUGUUCUAACCUUGUGUCUGAUAAUGUGAGAAUGCAUACUAGUAAACUUAUUACUUUGGGGGGGAGGCAGAGGGAGCAAACCUUGAAUCAAUUCCUGUCUGUCCAAUUAAUUUUUAACUACUUAAUAUUCACUUUCAGUGGCAUUGGACUGUUUGCAUUGUUUCACUUUCUAUAAUGCCAAAUUCAAACAGGUAAAAUUGAUGAAAAAUGCAUUUCCUAAAUUUUAUAUAACUUUAGACAUUUAGGUGCAUUGCAAAUAGAAGCCUUUUUCAAAAGCUACAGAUUAAAGACUUGUAGUUUCAACAUCUAGCCUUCUGAGCUGUCUGCAGUUAUUAAAGUUCAUAGACCAUGACAUAUCUCACAUAAGAUUGUUUAAUGAUGUGUAUUAUAGUAAAUUAAAUUGUUAGGCCUUUUAUCAGUACAGACAUUGUAUUAUCUUUGUACCAAUAAGAUUUAUGAACUGCUGUUAUUUGUCCAAAUGUAGGUUUCUUUAGUUGAACAAUGAGCUUAAUACCACAGCUUUACAUGACAUCUGCUAAAGUAAACAUAAUUAAACACUG